AUGGCACCCCCAGCAAUCAUCGCUCCCUCAAUCCUCUCGGCCGACUUUGGCGCCCUGGGCAAGGCCUGCUCAGACACAAUCGGCCAUGGCGCAGACUGGCUUCACGUCGACAUUAUGGACGGCCAUUUCGUCCCCAACAUGACCUUUGGAGCUCCCGUAGUCACAAUGAUCCGCCCUCACGUCGACAAGCCCUCCGAGUCCCUUGGCAAGGGUACUUUCGACUGCCACAUGAUGAUCGCUGAGGUCAUANNGCCCAAGAAAUGGGUCAAGGAGUUCAAGAAUGCUGGAUGCGACCUGUACUGCUUCCACUACGAAGCCGCCAUCAACUCGACCGCCGCCGAAGAGCCCUCCGCUACCUCGGACAAGAAGACCAGUCCCAAGGAACUCAUCAAGUACAUCCACGACCAAGGCCUUAGAGCUGGUAUCGCUCUUAAACCCGGCACUCCCGUCGACGUCCUCUACGAAAUUCUAGACAGCAAGACUCAAGAAGAGGUUCCCGAUAUGGUCCUCAUCAUGACCGUAGAACCCGGCUUCGGCGGCCAAAAGUUCAUGCCCGACAUGAUGCCCAAGGUCGAAGCCCUCCGCAAGCGCUACCCCGAACUCAACAUCGAAGUCGAUGGUGGUCUCUCCGAAAAGACCAUCGACGUGGCCGCCGACGCUGGCGCAAACGUCAUUGUCGCCGGCUCUGCCGUCUUUGGCGCAAAAGAUCCUUCAGAGGUCAUUGCAAAGCUCAGAGAAGCUGUCGAGAAGAGAAGAUGA